GUAUUAAACGUCUUUACACAAAAUUAUGAUAAAAUACUUAACAAAAAGUCAAAGAUGAAAAAAGAACAAAGAGAAUACAGGUACAAAACUUGUCAAAAUUACAACUUUUUAUUAUGGGUUCACAUAAAAUUCUUUAACGAUUUCGUGUCCUGAAGAAUUGAGACCUCAAAAAGUAGAGUUAACUUAGUAAGCCAUAAUUUGAUUUGUGAUAAUUAUAAUUACGGUACUACUAUGAUUUAUGCUUAAAUGAAGCUAAACUUAAGAUAAAAAAAAAAAAAAAAAAAAAAAAAGAAUAAUAAUGGUAAUUAAUGUGGGAAUCUUAACAAACAAAAUUAAGACAAAACGAGCCGUUGGAGAGUUAUUAGAGUUCCAUUAAAGGCAGUGAAAUAACAACAGUUAGUAAAUUGUACAGUACUGGAAUUUCUGCUUGGGUCCCCACCCUUCUCCCAAUUCUUACUGACACCUUUGAAUUUUCUCAGAGGAAGGUUUUCCCUCUUGGCUCUUCUCCUCUCCACUCAAACAAACAUCCUCCCUUUUCCAUUAAUUUAACUUUUCCCAUAUAAUCCCUAUUAUUUCUUAUUACUACUGCAUGUUACGGAUUCUAAUAAACUUACCUAAAACUUGUGGUCAAAUUUUGUCAUCCUUACUUGAUUAGGUAAUCAAUCCGCUACUCUACUCAACACAUAUUCAUAGAUUACGAUUAUAUUUAGUGUUGGUUAGAUUAUCAUACAUUAAUCAAAAGCUCACUACAAGUACUAGUACUAAAAAUGAGUAAUUUAUCUACUUACUCGUAGUAGAUUAACCAAAAUAUUUUCAUUAGUGAACAGUAAUUAGUAAUUGCACACUUUUCGAGGCCUCAUAUAUCAUCUCUCUCACUCUUUUCACUGCUUUUUUUUUUUUUUUUUUUUUUCAACUUUAAAAUCACUUUUCCCACUAAUACCACCAUCAUUCUACAUGUCAGCUAAAUCUCCCUAAACCCUCAUAACCUCAUUAUUCUCAAAAUUUCUUACAUUUCCCUCAAAAUCAAAACUUUUUUUUUAAAAAAAUGGGAAGUUCAAACUCAAGACCAGAAAAAACAGCAGCACUAGGAAUGUGUAAGCAAAGAAAACGCCUAAUUAACCAAGCAAUUAACUCAAGAUACAAUCUAGCAGCUGCUCAUAUUUCCUACAUUCAAUCCCUCAAAAACAUCGGCAUUUCACUUCGUCGAUUUGCAGAAGCUGAAGUUUUGAUUGAAUCUUCAAUUUCUCUCUCUCCUACUCACAACACUGAUCAACUCGACAAAACCCCUUCUCAUCACUCUUCUUCUUACCACCCUUCUCCUUCCCUUGACGAUGUUGUCGAGGUUUGUUCCUCGGAACCCAGAUUAAGCUGCAUGAAAUCCGGCGUUGUCGGCGGAAGUGGCGGUGUUGCUGUUACUUUAAGGUAUAAUCCUAGUACCAACAUUCAUAGCUUCGUUGAUAAUAAUGAUGAUGAUUCCUUGGUUUUUCCGAUGCCUCCGCCGCCACCUCCGCCGCCGCCGCUUAUUCCUGAAUCGGAAGCUUCUUGGGAUUACUUUGAGCCCGCAGAAGAAAAGCCCAAGCCCGAACCCGGAUCCGAACCCGAACCCGAGAGUUUUCGGUUUGUGGGUUUGGGUUGUAAUGGGCCUGAAAGUGGUAGUGGUGGGAGUAUUAGGUUGUGGGGUGAAGAGGGUAGUGUUGGAAAUUUACAAAAGGUUGAGGGUGGUGUUAGUAAAAUAGGGGGUGGUGAUAGUAAUUCUGGGCAAAAGGGGAAAGAAUUGGGUGAAGAAAGGGAGGAUCCGUCUGAAUAUAUAACACAUAGAGCUAAGGAUUUUGUGUCAAGUAUUAAGGAUAUUGAGCACCGGUUUUUUAGAGCUUCUGAAUCGGGUAAAGAGGUUGCUAGGAUGUUUGAAGCUAAUAAAAUUCGGGUCGGGUAUGCCGAGGCUAAAGGAGGCUCGUCUUCAUCGGAGUUUUUAGCGGCUUGUCCUUUGGUUUUUUGUCGUGGCAAAAGUGUUCAUGCUGCUAAUGAUCUUCAGCAACAAAAUGUGCCCAAGGUGAUUGUAUGGAACAGGUCUACAUCUUCACAAUCGUCAUCAUCGAGGAAUCCUCUUGCCUCUGCAUCUAAAGAUGAUGCUGAUGACAGCGGUAGUGAGUGUGUAGAAGAUUUUUGCAUGAUUGCGGGAAGUCAUUCCUCCACUCUAGACAGGCUCUAUGCAUGGGAGAGAAAGUUAUAUGAUGAAGUCAAGGCCAGUGAAGUCAUCAGGAAGCAGUAUGAAAGGAAGUGUGAUCAACUCCGGCAUCAGUUUGCAAAGGAUGUUAGUACUCAUGUAAUCGACAAAACCAGAGCAGCUGUAAAAGAUCUGCACUCACGUAUAAGAGUGGCCCUUCAUGCUGUUGAUUCCAUAGCAAAGCGCAUUGAGAAAAUGAGAGAUGAAGAAUUACAGCCCCAACUUACUGAAUUGAUUACAGCAUUUAUAAGGAUGUGGAAAGCCAUGUUGGAAAGCCAUCAUGCACAAUACAUAACAAUAUCAUUGGCUUACCAUGCUAAGACUGCUAUGGGGACUUUGGGAAGCGAAGCUCAUAAGCAAAUAAUGUCUCAACUCCAGUAUGAAUUCGAGUGCUUUGGUCUCAGUUUCGCUGACUGGAUGAAUAGCCUCACAUCAUACGUGGAAGCAAUCAAUGGGUGGCUGCAAAACUGUGUGCUGCAGCCACAGGAACGUGGUCGAGGUAGCAGAAGGCCAUUCUCCCCUCGUCGUGUCGUGGCCCCACCGAUAUUUGUCCUCUGCCGAGAUUGGUCGGCAGGGAUCAAAGCAUUGCCUUCUGAAGAGGUCAGUGAUGCAAUUAAAAACUUCUUGUCCGACCUGCAACAGCUGAUAAAGCAACAGCAGCAAGCAGAGGAGAAAAAGGAGAGAGCAGUUUCAGAAAGCAAUGGUGAAAUACAAGGGAAGGAUGAAGAUGCCAAUGAGGGUAAAUCUGAGAAUUUGGGCUCUAUCCACACAAGUUUAACAAAGGUGCUCGAUAAACUAACCAAAUUCUCCGAGGCUUCCCUGAAACUCUACGAGGAUAUUAGACAGAAAAAUGAAGCAGCUCGUCUUGCAUAUUUGAAUCCUAGACCACCUUUCAGAUACUGAAACUCUGAAAGGUCCAUGUAAUUACUACUGAAAAUAUAUCUGAGCGUUUUGCUUCUAAUACACCAAGUUUGAGAGUCUGCAGCAUCUGCAAGACUGCUAGAACAAUUAGCCAGAAAAGCAUUCAUCAUCUCAAAUUAGUGCUUGUCUUUUCAUCCCUAUUUAAUAUCGAGUUUGAUGAUUAAAAUGCAUUCACAUCAUCUGUUAUCCGAACAGGCACUUGGUCUGCAGGAAAGGGUCACGUAAAUAAAGACUGUUGACAUUGAUUGGGAAA